AUGUCUUUUGUCCCCGAGGAUCAGUGGUUCGAUGAGGUUGCGGAGAGUCCGCCGAUGGUGAUCACGGCCAGGGUAGGCACCGGCCUAGUAAAGCGGAUCUUGGUGGACACAGGAGCUGAUUCUAAUAUCAUGUUUCGCAAUGUUUUUGACGCCCUGGGCCUACGAGACACCGACCUCAGAGGUAACCAGCACGGCGUGGUAGGCCUAUGUGAUAACUUCAUCAAGCCAGAUGGCGUAAUUUCCCUCCCGGUCUCCAUAGGCAGAGGCAGGGGGAAGAGGUCGCUAAUGGCGGAGUUCGUGGUCUUAAGAGACUCGACGGCCUACAACCUCAUCUUGGGGAGGAAGACCAUUAACGAAUUUGGGGCGGUGAUUUCUACCAAGCUAUUGCUAAUGAAGUUCGUAGCUGAUGACGGGUCAGUUGGGACCAUCAGGGGAGACCUAGAGACAACAGUCGCAUGCGACAACGCCAGCCUCUCCCUGAGAAAGAAAUCUAAAGAAGCAUCCGGUGUAUUUCUCGCUGACCUAGACGACAGGGUUGAUGACAAACCCAGGCCGGAACCAGAGGGAGAUCUUGAAAAGUUCAAGGUCGGCGAUUCAGACGAGAAAACCCCUCAUAGAGAUGAUCAGAGCCAAUGGCGACUUGUUUGCCCAGACGCUGGCCGACAUGCUGGGUAUAGACCCCCAGUUCAUGUCACACCAGCUGGCCGUGAGACCGGAGGCAAAGCCAAUGGCCCAAAGGAGGAGAAAAAUGUCCCAAGAAAGGGCAGAAGAGGUGGCCAAGCAGACGACCAGCCUACUAGAAGCGGGUUUCAUUCGGGAACUCGAUUACUCGACUUGGCUUGCAACGUGGUUCUGGUUAAAAAACCUAGCGGAAAAUGGAGAAUGUGCGUGGAUUACUCCGACUUUAACAAAGCAUGUCCCAAAGAUUCCUUCCCUCUGCCGAAUAUCGAUGCGCUUGUCGACGCAACGGCAGGCUACCGAUAUCUGAGCUUCAUGGAUGCCUAUUCCGGGUAUAAUCAGAUACCGAUGAACCCGCCAGACGAAGAGAAAACGGCAUUCAUAACGCCGGGAGGGACAUAUUGCUACAAAGUCAUGCCGUUCGGACUGAAGAACGCGGGAGCCACAUACCAAAGGCUGAUGAACAAGGUCUUCAGGGACCUCAUCGGCAAGACGGUAGAGAUAUACGUAGACGACAUCUUGGUCAAGACCGCCAGGCCUGAGGCCCUCUUAAGUGACCUGGAAAGCGUCUUCGCGUCUAUUCGUCAGCACGUAAUGAUGCUCAAUCCGCUGAAGUGUGCCUUCGCCGUCGAAGCCGGUAAGUUCUUGGGGUUUAUGAUAACCCAACGAGGGGUGGAUGCCAACCCGGAAAAUGCGAUGCAAUCCUUCAGAUGA